UGAUCCAUUCGAGGUUGGGUUGAAUCAUGAACGUCAUUUCCGAGUUCAGCGACCUCAAAUUAGUCAAAAAACGUCAUUAAAAAAUGCUAAAUUUGACAAUUUUUUUCUAGCUCAUUUAAAGCCAGAUUUUUCAAAAUUGCUUUCUCUUCGCGAACCCAUAUUUUGUCUCAGGGACGUCUCCUAGAGCUGAUAUUUUUUCUGAUUGACUUGCAAUUCAAAUGAAGGUUUCUACUAAAUUUCCCCAAAAUUGUUCCAAGUUUUUUUUUUUUUUUUUUGCGAUCCACCUCGUAGUUCAUAUUAUUCACUCUGAACGAUUGUACAUAUAAAAUGAAUCGUAUGAAAACAAGCAAUUAUUCACCGACUACCCGACUAGGUGUAGUUGCAUGUACUUUGUACGUACAUCUACAUACGUAUUACGCACACAUAUAGCUUUAGCUUAAUGUACAAUACGUAAACAAGUAAGUAAGUUAAGUGCACAUUUAGAGUUCACGCGUCAUUGUGUUCACAAUUUAAAGUGUCUGAGUACAAUUUUGCGCGUUUGCCAAGUUUGAAAUGUUUCGAUUUACGAUUUUUUUUUCUCUUUCAUUUCGUUCCUAUACUUAAGUACUUUCUAUCUUUUUUUCUGUCGACGUUAUUUUAAAAAACGCGGUGCGGCGCGGCGCGGAGGUAAUAACGAUGAAAUUACAUAUUCAAAGUCGGUUAACUUUUAGCAUUUUACUGUGGCGUUAAACGAGCACAUGUUCUGAUUUUGGCUUAUCGUUAGGUAGGUACUCGUGCACACGCAUCCAUUUGUACUCCGUAUUUAUCUGUGUUAUCUACACAUACACCAUACACCAUACACAUACGGGUGCAACAUCAAAGAGAUGUACUCGUACCGGCUUCCUAACUUUGGUACCCAGUUACCCACCUAUGUGUUAUUAUGACUUAUGCGAGUGUGUAUUUGUACUUUGCACGUACCUACACUUGCAAUAAUGCACGUAUGUCGUAUAUGUACACAAUACUCGUACUGGUACUCGCAUAUGAUGAAUAUGCGAAACUGGAGAGUGAAGUAUGUGGUUGCCUAAAGCCGCGUAUCCGGCAGUGAUUUUGUGUGGGUCCUAUGGUGUUUAAAGAUUUUCAGAUUUCUACGUACUCGUAGGUCAUCAUGUCUCUUCAGCUGAAUCGACUCGUCGUGGAAAUGUAUCGAAACGAGACGUUUUUGAUGAAUUCGUCGUCGUCGUCGUCGCCAUCGUCGUUGAGCUACAACGCUACAACGUACGCCAACGUCAACGCCACGUACCUGGAAGCGUGCAAAAACGACAUGCCCAAGCUGUAUCUGUUCGUGCAAAUCUUAUACAUAAUCGUGUGCAUUCUGGGACUGUUCGGCAACACUCUAGUCAUUUACGUGGUGCUGAGGUUUUCGAAAAUGCAAACCGUCACCAACAUGUACAUAGUGAAUCUGGCGAUCGCCGACGAAUGCUUCCUGAUCGGUAUACCGUUUCUGCUGAUCACGAUGCAUCUGCAGUCGUGGCCGUUCGGCGACAUAGCGUGCAAAUUCUACAUGGCCUCGACCAGCAUCAACCAAUUCACCAGCAGCAUAUUUCUGAUGAUAAUGAGCGCCGAUCGAUACGUGGCCGUGUGCCAUCCUAUUACGGCUCCGAAAAUUCGCACGCCUUUCAUAUCGAAAGUGGUGUCGGUAUCGGCGUGGUCGGUCAGCGCCCUGCUCAUGGUGCCGGUGCUCAUCUACUCCAACACGAUGAACGACGAGAACAACGUACGCAGCUGCAACAUACUGUGGCCGGACGAAGAGAAUCUGAGCGGACACGCCGCCUUCACGCUGUACUCGUUCAUUUUAGGCUUCGCCAUUCCGCUGCUGUUGAUAUUCGUCUUCUAUUUGCUGGUGAUUAAGAAACUGCGCACCGUCGGCCCGAAAAACAAAUCCAAAGAGAAGAAAAGAUCGCACCGCAAAGUCACGAAACUGGUGCUGACCGUGAUAACGGUGUACGUCUGCUGCUGGCUGCCGUACUGGGUCACUCAAGUGGCGCUGAUAUUUACGCCGGCCAAGCAGUGCCAGUCCAAGACGACGGUCAGCAUUUUCCUGAUAACCGGCUGCCUCAGCUACUCCAACUCGGCCAUGAAUCCCAUACUGUACGCCUUCCUCAGCGACAACUUCAAGAAAAGCUUCCUGAAAGCGUGCACUUGCGCCGCCGGCAAAGACGUCAACGCCACCCUGCACAUGGAGAACAGCGUGUUCCCGCGCAAGCAUCGCAACAACGGCUCCGAACGAAUGAAAACCGCCAGAGGCACGACGGCCAUCAUUUGCCACGGCGGCGGCGGCGGCGGCGGCGGCUGCUGCUUAGACGACGAAGAACUCGGCGAAACCGGACCUUUGGUCAGCCGCGCCGAACAUUCGACCGCGCUCACCUCCAGAUCCAACGUUACCGUCACCAGCGACGCCAAGGAUAGCUCGUCCUCGGUAGCCAAAGAAACCGAAAUUAGAAACGGAGGAAUGCGAAUGAACGUGCCGCCGACUCAAUUAUAAAAAUCUCUACUCGUAUUCUCUUUCUUCUCUUCCGUCUUACGAGUACUUACCUUCUAAUUACUCUAUUUUUUCCAUUUCAUUUCGAAAAAAAAACGUACUUACCUACAUAAGUAAACCGAAAAACGCCCACCACAUGUCUUUUUCUCCAAACGUGCCGUGUACCGCCUGGCGCCUGGCGCCUUACUACCUACCUACCUACCAAAUUCACAAACUUUGCAUUCGAUUCAAAUACCAAAUUCUCGUAAUGCUUCAAAUUACGAUCAUUUCAACUUUCUGUCGAAAAGCACCUUCGUAAUAGGUAUGGA